GAGACGCCAGAAAGAGCGAAAAAGGGAGAGACAGAGAGACGGAGACGUCAAGCCUGGCCAAUAUGGCGGCUUUUCUAUCGGAGGGGACCACUACGGCGCCACCAGGCGCCACUCCUGUCUCUCCUCAGAGCUGCUACUGGGACAGUACGCGCACUUCCUCGACUUCGAGUUUCUCUUCUCCCUACAACUGCUACCAGAACGACUCCAACUACGCAUCUACCCCUUCGCCGCAGCCGGUGCCGCCGCCAAUUCGCAGAAAGCCACUACCGCCCAACGUCGCUCCUUUGCACUUGACGGCUGAGCCAACACAGUCUAGGAGGCCGUCUGCGUCCUCCUCGGGCCAUGAUUCGCUUCCCCAAUCCGCUACGUCGAUCAAUUUCUCUGUGAGAGACCUCGACAGAUUUCCACAUGGGCAUUCUCCAAAGCCACAAUUCCCAGGAUAUACUCAGCGUCACCAUCGAGUGAACCACUCUACCGCUUCUGUACUUGAGACGCAGCAGUUCCGGCAGCCUACGCGCGCCCGUCUUACAAGUGAACCGCUACUCUCUGGACGCAGUCUGAAUGCGGUAAUUCAGAGCCUCAAAGAUCACAAACGGUCUUUCACCAUGGCCUUACACCCUCCCCAGCACGCACCAUCUGCAAAGCCUCCGCCUCUGAGCGUCGAUUCUUCUAGUGUUCGGUCAAUGUCUAACGGCUCCGUCGACUACAGACCGACACCAAAGACUCCAGGGAGCAAGAUCACGUCCUUCUUCGGCUGGAAGACUAACGCUGGCUCUGCCUCUCCAGGUAACGAAUCCUGUGCCACUGAGAUCUCGGAUUCCGCUCUCUCUCCUAUACCUUCUCCUAUGACCUCUGUGAAUCCUUCCACUGCUGCAUCUACCGUAUUUACAAACACCCAUCGUCCACAGGACUCCUUCUCUUCUGUGCCCAAAAUGGCCGGCAGAUCCCAGACCAUGCCCAUGGACGCCAGCGUGACUUCACGGCUAGCGGACAUGGAGCACGAAUUACGUGAGAUCAGCUCGGAGCUGGCUGGCUCCAUCCGUCGAGAGAUGGAACUCGAGGAUAUCGUCGAGAGAAUGCAACUAGAGAGCAGCGAAAGCGAUAGAAGAGGCAGUGAAUAUUAUUUUUCAGAUUCGGGUCAGGGUUCCUCCGUCAAGGAUCUAAGUAUCAACGGUAGUACCAAGACCGAGGACAUCGAGAAGCUGAAAAGGAACUAUGAGCAGGAACGCGCGCAAUUGAAGAUUGAUCUCUCGCAGAAAUGGCAGGAAGAGCGUUCGCGAAGACAGGUUGCAGAGUCGCAUGUCCAGCUUCUCGAGUCUCAAAUCAGUCAGUUUCGGCGGGAAAAAGUCGAGGCAUCAAAUGCUGCUGGGAAAUCAAAAGAGCUUGAGGCUGCAUUGGAAGAUACCCGUCGACGGCUCACGGAGGAACGACAGCUGAAGGAUAAUAUGGAAGACCUUCUUACUGGUAUGAGGGUGGAACUCGAGCAACAGAAACUAGAGCGAGACCAGCUCCAGGCCCAAAUGCGGCAAGAUAUGCAAAACCUCCGCAACGAAAACUGCCUUCUUUCGCAAUCUCGGAAGGUACCUCCCGAAAUGCCCCAAUCACCUCGUAUCGACUCGAUCGCCGAAGAAGCUAUCGGGAUUGGUAUCGGGCUAAGCAAUAAUCGGGCAUCCGGCGGACUAUCAAGAUCCAACUCCCUGGCCAGAAUACCCCCGGUUCGGAAUGGUGUUGCCCGAUCCGGUUCGCUCUCUCGUCCAGCCUCGAUGAUAGUGAAGGGGCCCGAAUUCCACGAGUCGUUAGUAAAUCAAAUGAAGGAUGUUGAGACUCAACGUGACGCCCUUCAUCAAACGGUUAAGAGCCUACUCGAACGCCAGUCUUACCAAGCUCGACAACAUGAGAAGCGUCUCAGACUAAUGGAACUCGAGCUAUACCGGGCUCGACAGGCUAACUCGCCCCGAAAGAGGAGUUAUGAACGUGAUGUUAAGAACCUGCGUGAGGAAAUAAAUCUUCUACGUCGUCGGGCGGAUGACGCUCUCGAUCAAAAAUGGCAGUGUGAGAAGGGGCUUGCCGGGCUAAAGAUGGAUCUUGAUCGUGCCGAACAAGAAACAAGCUCUCUCCGCGCUCUGCUACAGGACUAUGAUAUCCCUGUUCCUCAUAUGGAGGAAACCGAUGCAGGCGGGAUGACUGAUUUCCACACCACCGCCAGUUCCUUGGAAGAAAUGUAUGCACAGCUUAAGAUUGAAAGGGAGAAUGCCGAGCCAGGCUCACCGAUACCAAAUGAAGAUCUCGAGAAUGAGAUCAAAAAACAAGUCGCCUCGAAUGCUUCCUUGCGAGCCCGACUUGCCGACGCCAUCAGCCAGGGUGAACGUGAACAGAAGCUUUCGGCAACCAAGAUAAACGAGAUGCAAUCGAGGCUCAAGUCAUUGGAGGAGAUGCUCAUGCUCGCACAGCAACGCUCGGAGGAAGAAGUUGGAAAGCAUGAGCAGGAGGUUUCCGCUCUCAUGGAAAAUCACAAUGCUCUCCUUCUCAGAGCCAAGGACGGUGUCCGAAGUCCAAUGAAGCUUUCCCCCGUCUUGCCAAACUCACCCUUUCCAACGUCCAGGUCGCCUCGUCUCACCAAGACGACCAGUGGUGAAGCCCAAGGCCUGAACCAGGUGGCCCAAAUUGAGAACCUCGAAAGCAAAGUUAGAGCCUUGGAGCAAGCUUUGAGAGAUGCAGAUGCUGAGAUGGGAGAGGUCGUCAGUCGAAUGAAUACGGCACAGAUGCAGGUUGCUGAACUGCAGUCAGAUAGGGAUGAAGCACUUCGCCAGACAAGAAGGCUACAAGCUCAAAUACAGCAAUGCUAAUAAUACUUAAUAAAUACGCAAAACAUACUACCGCCUUCCGCC